GUGAAGCUCAAUAGAAUUAGAGUAUCACCGUCGUCGAAGAAUCUCCCGUAGGGUUUGUAGUGGUUCGGUUGUACCGAUAUGAAGGAAGAGAGCCAAAUAUUCGCGUCAUGCUCCUUCUCCAGUCUCGGCCUUCACUCCACCUUAUGCGACCAGUUACGAGAGAGGAUGAAUUUUGAAGCUCCGACUUCGGUACAGGCUCAAGCUAUUCCAGUCAUCCUCUCUGGCCGCCAUGUACUUGUUAAUGCUGCUACGGGUACUGGAAAGACAGUAACAUAUCUGGCUCCAAUUAUUCAUCACUUGCAGAGUUGCAGCCCUCGUAUUGAGCGGUCUCAUGGAACUUUUGCGUUGGUACUUGUGCCAACGCGUGAGUUAUGCAUGCAGGUUUAUGAAAUUCUUGAGAAGCUAUUGCAUCGUUUCCAUUGGAUUGUACCGGGUUACGUGAUGGGUGGUGAAAACAGGUCAAAAGAGAAAGCCAGGUUGCGCAAAGGUAUUUCCAUUCUUAUAGCCACUCCUGGACGCCUUUUGGAUCACUUGAAGAAUACCUCAUCAUUCUUGCAUACAAAUUUGCGAUGGAUAGUUUUUGAUGAAGCAGAUAGAAUUCUGGAAUUAGGAUUUGGCAAAGAAAUAGAAGAGAUAUUGGACCUUUUAGGAUCAAGGCAAAAUGGUGCUUCUGGAAAGCAAAAUGCAGAUUCAAGCAUCACAGGAAUGCCGAGGCAGAAUUUGUUAUUAUCAGCUACCUUAAAUGAUAAAGUGAAUCAACUUGCCAAAAUUAGUUUAGAGAAUCCAGUUAUGAUUGGUCUUAAUGAUAAUAAGAUGCUACUAAAUGCAACAAUUGAACAAAGUGAGCGUCUAUUAUCCGGCAUAGAUGAUGAAGUUGAACAUCCAAAUAAGUCACUAGGCUCUUCAGUUGAAGAAUACAAGCUUCCAGUUCAAUUAGUGCAGCGAUAUGUUAAAGUACCCUGUAGUACGCGGCUUGCAGUACUUCUUUCGACUCUAAAAGAUCGUUUUGAUAGAGAAGCUUCCCAAAAGAUUGUGGUAUUCUUUUCCACAUGCGAUGCAGUAGAUUUUCACCAUUCACUGUUGAGUGAAUUUAAAUGGUCACCUUGUUUACAAACCGAAGCAGAAACCAAACAAAUGUUUUUGAGCUGCAAAAUUCUGCGGUUACAUGGCAACAUGAAGCAGGAGGACCGAAGAGCCACUUUUCAGACCUUCAAAACAGAGAAAUCAGCUAUCCUGCUGUCUACGGAUAUUGCUGCUAGAGGCUUGGACUUUCCAAAAGUUAAAUGUAUUAUACAGUAUGAUUCCCCAGGGGAGGCUACUGAAUAUGUGCAUAGGGUUGGUCGGACGGCUCGAUUGGGUGAAAGAGGAGAUUCUCUGCUUUUUUUGCAACCCAUUGAAAUGGAUUAUUUACAAGACUUGGAGAAACAUGGUGUAUCAUUAUCAGAAUACCCCCUCUUCAAAGUGUUAGAUAGUUUCCAAUUAUAUGGUCAAAAGCAUCGUGGAGGAAGAUUUGUGUCUGCAGAGUGGCAUCCUUGGUUACUAGCUCUCCAGAAGGAACUUGAAUCAUUUAUCUUCGCUCAGACAAAGAUGAAGGCGCUAGCCAAAAACGCAUUUUGCUCGUGGAUUCGUGCAUACACUGCCCAUCGUGGUGAGUUGAAAAGAAUUUUCAUGGUGAAGAAGCUUCACUUAGGUCAUGUUGCAAAAAGCUUUGCAUUGAAAGAUACUCCCUCUUUUGUUGGAAAAUCAUUCCAAAGCCAAACAAAGAAAAGGAAGAUGGAUCAAAAGCAUAAAGGAAUGUCAAAGAAGAGGAAGAUUAUCCGUAAAUAGCCAAGGCAGGACAUGAGGGAGCUUCGUGCUUGCAAGUCAGAGAUAAUUAUUGGUAGUUAUACAAUUGCAGAAGCAUUUUGAGCCGUUACAACAUGCAAGAGGGCUUAUCAUCAAUUUUCCUGAAGUGGCCCUUUGCGCCCCAUACCCCUUGACGCAAGGUCAAGAAUUCAAAUCCCUCCCCAAAAAAAGCUGUUGGAAACCGAGAUUGGCGAUGCCAGAAUCGAAUCUUUCGUACUUUUACUUUGUACUUAUUUUUGUUCUUAUACGGAGGAUCUGUCAUACUUCUAUAAUCCUUAUCGUGGCGCAUUUUCAAGGGGAUUACAUAUUUAUGUAAUGCAAAUAACCUGAUAGUGUCCAUUGUGACCAACUUUGAUGAGUAAUAUUCAUGUAAGAGCUUGUGUUGAAAGAGA